AUGCCCUCACCGCCGCUGAACAAUCCUGACGACCCUGCCAGGCAAGAUGUAGAGGGCCACAACUCCCGCUUUUCAGAUGUUUCGUUGGCGCUCGAUGGAGCCACUUCAAGCACAGAGUAUUUUGAGAAAUCUGAGGGCAAGACUGAUCUUUUGGAGAAUGCUCCUGCCAGCCCCUCCACCAAACACCCAGCCAGACCGAGCCUGGCCCCCGGUAUCUCCUCAACGGCUCGUCGUCCUUCAUUCAUAGACGAAGAGGAAGAGCCCAUAGCGACCACGGCCGCCGCCAAUGGACGGCCUGACAAGGCCGACGAAGAAGCACCGGUGACAUGGAUGUCCUUGCCUAAGAAGGGACAGUUGGCCGUUCUCACGUUCGCUCGGCUGUCCGAGCCACUGACGGAACGGUCUCUUGCGGCAUACUUGUUCUACCAACUUCGGUACUUUGAUCCAGACCUUCCAGACAGCACGAUUGCAAGUCAAGGUGGGAUGCUUACCGCCUCGUUUGCUGCCGCGCAAUUCUUAACAGCAGUCUGGUGGGGACGAGCGGCUGAUACGCCCUGGAUUGGUCGCAAAAGAGUCUUGCUGGUGGGUUUGUUCGGCACCUGUAUCAGUUGCAUUGGAGUCGGCUUCUCAAAGUCCUUCGCCCAAGCCUUGUUCUUCCGAGCAUGUGCUGGCUGUCUCAAUGGAAACGUGGGUGUCAUGAGAACCAUGAUCAGCGAAAUUAUCAAAGAGAAAAAAUACCAGUCCAGAGCAUUCCUUCUUCUGCCCAUGUGUUUCAACAUUGGUGUGGUCAUUGGGCCUAUCCUCGGCGGCUUCCUCGCGGACCCGAUCUCCUCGUUCCCGUCAGUCUUUGGCCCAGGCUCUUUGAUUGGCGGCAAGGAUGGAGUUGGCUGGAUGACUGCCUUCCCCUAUGCUCUCCCCAACGUGGUGAGCUCCAUGUUCAUCCUGGCCUCUGCUCUACUCCUCGUGUUGGGUUUGGAUGAAACCCAUGUCGCAUUGAAGGACAGACCGGAUUACGGCCGAAGGCUGGGCAAAUAUCUGGUCCGAGUUCUAUUCCGUCGGGGUAGGCAAGAAUACGAAUACUCUGAACUUGGCAACCAGGUCGAAUUGCAGGAUAUCGACGAAGACGAUCAGACGACGCAAGACAGAGAUCCCGAGUCGUCAAGGACUCCAGCCGCGACGCCCACCGCCACCAAACCCGCUUCUUGGAAACCAAAUCUGUCGUUCCGACAAAUCUUCACGAAGAACGUCAUCCUUACUCUGCUUAAUCACCACCUCCUUGCAAUGCAUGUUUCAGCAUUCAACGCGCUGGUAUUCCUGUUUCUCCCGGCGCCCCGAUCAAACAACGCUCAUGCGAGAUUGCCAUUUCUCUUCACUGGCGGCCUCGGCCUCAGCUCCGACCGCGUCGGUCUCGCCACCGCCAUCAUCGGCAUCAUCGGUUUCCCUCUCCAGAUUCUCCUCUACCCAUCCCUUAACUCGAAACUAGGCACCCUACCGAGUUACAGAUGGUUCCUUCCCUUUUCCAUCCUCGCAUAUGCCACCAUGCCAUACCUGUCACUUAUUCCCAACAAAGCAUACUUGGUUUGGCCCGCACUCACAGUGGUCUUGGCCUUCCAAGUCAUAGCCCGCACAUUUGCUCUCCCAGGCUCCACGAUUCUGAUCAAUAAUUGUACACCGCAUCCGAGUGUGCUGGGCACAAUACAUGGCUUUGCGCAGAGUAUCUCUUCUGGGGCCCGAACUCUGGGACCUACCCUUGGGGGAUGGGGGUUGGGCAUGGGAUUAGGGGGAAAUUGUGUAGGUGCCGUUUGGUGGGUUAUGGCGGGCAUUGCUGUCGCGAAUUGGUCGUUGCUUUGGGUUAUUUCCGAGGGAGACGCGGGUGCUGCGGCGGCGGCGGCUAUGGGCGGUUGA